AUUAAUUGGCAGAGUUUAUCUAUAGAGAGAUCAGAAAGGUCGUUGUGGAAGAGAUAGGUUCUGAGAAUGUUGUUCAAAUCGUAACCGAUAAUGGGUCAAAUUACAAGAAAGCAUGUAAAACUCUAGUAGAACAACCAGAGUUUAGUCAUAUUGUUUGGCAGCCAUGUGCUGCCCACACUGUUAACCUCAUGCUUAAGGAUGUUGCUAAGUUUCGUGAGAUUGACGUGAUAGUUAAAAGUGCUAAGUAGAUCUGUAGAUUUUUCUACAAUCACAAUAACCUACAUGAUAGCAUGAAAAAGAACAUUGGUGGUGAACUCAUAAAAUCGAAUGCGGCCCGGUUUGGAACGGUGUUCAUGUUCUUGGAGAGUUUCCAUUGUAAGAAAGAUGAGUUUAGGAAAUGGAUGGUGUCCGGUGAUUGGAAGGGAAGUACUUGGAACGGUGCUGCUGAUUAUGUGUUUGCUGAAGAGCUGCUAUCUAGUAAUAUGUGGUGGGCAGCUUUAGAGUGGGUUCUUGCUGUGCUAGAGCCACUCUAUAAAGCCCUUAGAUAUGCUGAUACACAAAAGAGAUGCACCCUAUCUGGAUUCAAGAAGAGUAUGAUGACAGCCAUACAAAAGUUGGAAAGUCAUCUUGGUGGUGGAUCACAAAUGUUUCAUAGAGUCAUGAGCAAGGUGUCCAAGAGGAUCGAUGCUAUGCAAGAAGGCACACUAUUGGUUGCAGUUGCUGUUCUUGAUCCUUACACACAUUAUCAGAUCAACAUGAGCAAGAUUAUGGACUAUGCUCUUGCACUAACAGAUGCCAUUGAGAAGAUCGCAGACCCUGAGACCGCUGUUUUGGCCAUUGAUGAAGUCAGCACUUAUAGGGAAUGUCAUGGGAGGUUUGGCUCAAGGCUGGCACGUUCCUCUGCAGAGAAAAUGUCACCAACUGAGUGGUGGUUCCAAUUUGGAGGGGAAGUUCCUAAUCUGCAGAAGUGUGCCUUGAGGAUUGUAUCACAAUGCGUUUCGUCAAGUGGCUGUGAGAGGAAUUGGAGCGCUUUUGCUUUGGUCCACACCAAGCAAAGAAACCGUCUUCUAUAUGGCAAGCUGCACAAGCUUGUAUCUGUGCGCUACAACUUGAAGAUACGUGCUGAAGAAGAAGAAGACCCGGUGAGAGAGAAUGAUAAGCAGAAGGAAGUUGAUGCAUGUGCAAUGAUGAUGGAUACAACCAUGUUUGAUGCAACAAAUCCUAUGAUGGAAUGGUUGAAUGAGGAUGAGGAGCAUGCAAUCUUGGAUGGAGUUGAUGCUGCUAGUGUCGUAUUUGAGAAAAUACGUUUGCUUAUCUCAAGUAGGAAAGUUUCUCGUCUUGCAAGGAAGGACAAUGGCAGGAAAAGAAAGAGGGUAGAGGAAGAAGAGGAUGACUACCAUGAUAGUGAGGAUGAUGAUGAAGAAAAUGAGGAGCUGGACCUGGAAAUUGAUGAUGAUGAUGAUAGCCAUGAUGAUGGUGCAAGUCAAUCUGAUGGAGGAGAUUCGCCAAUGCAAGUUGAAAAGGAUUUAACAAGCCAAGUUGGAAACAAUGUUGAGGUAACAAGUGAUGGUAGUUUGGUGAACCGUAGAUCUGAACGGGUUAGGCAAGCAAAGAAGGUCAAGGAGGUCACCAGCCUUUACAAUUGACAAGUUAAGCGGCAUGGGAGCAAAAGAGCUUUUGGUUUGAUGAAGACUAACGGGUGGAUGAACAGGAAGUCCGAAGUGAAGGUCUCUGUUCGAUUCAAUACUUUUGGUGCAAGACUGAAGAGUUGAAGAACAGGAAGUCUGAAUUGAACUUUUUGUUUGUAUUUUGGGGUCGGCAUAAUUGAACUUCGAAUGCCGUGUUAAAUUCAUUAUGGACUGUAAUUCUGAACCGUUAUGGGUGUUCGUUUCGACUCUUGGUAGAACUAUUAAGUCGCAUGUUACUCUUAGUAUCUGAACUAGCAAGUCACAUGUUAAUCUGGACUAUCAUGUUGCUUUUCUAAUGGUUGCUGCUCUCCAAAUUGAUCCACUAUGCUAUUGUCUGAAUGGUUGCAACUAGAGUGUUGAUGUUCAGUCUGAUACGUAGUGAUUUGAUGAAUAGAUUCAGCUGUUUGAUUUUUACAUGCAUAUUUUGCUAAAAGUUCUGAA